AUGAUACUAUCAAUAACCUAUAAGCAACAACGUAAAGAACUUAAUCUCAAUCAAUUCGAUUCAGCAAGUUCUGUGAGUAGUGAUCAAUGUCAAAUUUUGUUUCAAAAGCUUGCUGAUAUAUUUAAUAUUGAACGUAAUGAUCGAGAAACACUAUUAUUAGAAUAUCCAAACGCAAAAUUACUUCAAUUAUCAAUGAAUAACAAUGACGAUGAAGAUCUUGUUAUUAUUUCAUUAGAUACAGAUGGUUACUUUUUAUGUAAACCUGAUAGACAAUAUGAAUUACGUCCUGGCAAACGUGUAUCAGUACAACCAAUAUUCGAUAAAGAAAAGUGUCAUUUUUCUAUUAUGGAUAUUGAAAUGGCUGCCAUACUAUCGGAUGCUGUUUAUUAUGCAGAUCCAAUUUCACAUAUUAAUAAAAACUAUUCAUCGUAUAGUUGUAUUUCAACAUUAACCUCUUGUGAAUGUGGAUUAAAAUUUGCAUCUAAUGCAUCUUCACCAUAUCUAUUAGCCAUAUCUAAAAGUAACAUUAAUGAAGAAACCUUAUGGGUUGCAUUUCGUGGUACGACAAAUAUCAAUGAUGUCUUAACUGAUUUAACUAUACAUCCUAUGUUAACAACAUCAGGUAUGGCUCAUAGAGGUUUUUCAAAACGUGCUUCUGAGUUACCGCAUGAUACAUUAAUGAAUGAAUUUCAUUCUACAUUUGAUGAUCGUAAACGUUUAAUAUUUACUGGUCAUUCAUUAGGUGGUAGUGUUGCACACUUAUGUGCUAUAUUCAGUUUGUCUAAUAAAAGUUUUAAACAAAAUCCACAAAUAUUUAGUAUAACAUUUGGUGCGCCAUUUAUUGGUAAUAGUACUGUUGCUAAAGAUUUAAUUAAAAGAAAUUUUAAUGAUCAUUUUUUGACAAUAGUCAAUGAAAAUGAUAUUGUACCAAAUUUAUUAAAUCUUGUUGAAACUGGUACACGUCUUCAAUCAACAAUAGCACCUAUAGCUGAAUCAUGUUUACAAAUUGCUAAAACGAUUCUCCCACUUGUUAGUUUAGCAACUGGUGUACCAGCAAAAGUGAUAAACACGUCGGUUGAGACUUUGAAUUUAUUAAUACCACAAUUAAAAAAUCUGUUAAAAAAUAAAAUUACGGAAUACAAACCAAUAGGACAAUACGGAUUUAUACGUUCAGUAUUGUCGUCAAGUGAAUCAAGUAAUCUGGAACCUACUGAAUGGAUUAUUACUUACAAAAGUAAUACAAUGAAAAUUGAUGAUACAAAUAAUGAAGAAAAAUUUAUAGAUGUUAUAUCAAAAAAACUAAUCGAAUCAUUGGGCCCAUCUACAGCUACAAUUACGGAUGUAAAUAUUAUUAAUCAUUAUAUGGAAAAAUAUAUUUCAUCAUUACUAUCAUGUGAAAUUAUUCGUACUCAAUCUUCAAUAAAUAUGAGCAACAAUCAAUGGCAAGUCACCGAAGUCAAACGUUUUAGUCCACAUAUAAGAAAAGCAACAGCUAUUUGUUCUGAUACAGAUAUUAAGAUAACAAUUACAGGUGAUCAUUUAGACUUUUUAUCAACACACAAAAGAAUGUGUGUAAACACAUCUGAAAAUUUCUUUCAACCAAAUUCUGUUAUAACAAUAUCAGAAAUCUCUCGAAAUAAGCUAGUUUUAAUGAAUAAUAGUUUAAUACCAAUUAAGGAACGUGUCACUGUUGGUCCACGAAAAUAUACACUUGAUACACAUUUUGGAAACAUUGAUCUAAUGUUGGAACUUUAUGUUGAUGAUGAUAAUAAUAAUAAUCAACAAACAACUCUAACAUUUCAUGAACUUGAUAUGAAUUUUUUAAUGGCUACAUUUCUACGGUCAUUUUUUGACUGUCUACAUUCAAACAAUGAUUUAUUUUCAGCAAAGAGUACUUCAAGAUAUUUUGCGAAAUUACUUGAAAAUCGACUACCGAAUAAAUAUGAAAAAUUUAAAUCUUUAUUGGAAAGACAUUUUAAUCGUUGUCAACAAAUGAAAAAUUUGAAUAAACCAAUAUCGAUUGAUCAAACAUUAUAUAAUGACAUGUCUGGAUUAAUAAAUGAUUUAUUUAAAGUAUUAAUAGAAGUACCAAACUAUACUUUUAAUAAAUCAUUUUUACAAAGAGUAAAAGAGAAUCCGGGAUCUUUUGCUAUUUUCGGAACUGUGGCAUUAUUUGGGACAUGUGUCUUAUUGCAAGCUGGAUUAUUAGGUUUAAUAGGUUAUCAAUUAUUUGGUGCAUCUUUCGCAAGUUUUGUUGGAACACAAUUUGCUGCCGUUGACUUACUUACGAUGGCAGUAGGAACAGUAGGUUCCUACAGAAUGUUAGGUAUUAUUGGUCGUGAUUCAUUGGAUAGACUUAUAUAUCAUGAACAUUUAGCGUUUUUAUUGAAUAGCAUAGGAGGUAAUUCAGAUAAAUGUGCUAAUGAAAAAAUGUUGGAAAUACAAAUAUGUGACAUAUUGAAAAACAAAUCGAUUGAUUUUGAUUGUAUUAUUAUAACUGACCAUAAAGGAAUAGAAAAAAUAAUUAAAGACACACAUUUAUUUGUCAUGAAUGAAGGCAAGGAUUCGACACGGCUAAUGGUAUCCGAUACCACAAUAGACUCACAAAUAAAUGCAUUUAAAUUUUUACAUAAUAUUUAUUAUAUCUGUAGAUUACGGCAAUUGAUGACUACACAAUAUAUAUCAUUUAUUGGUGCACAUCGUGCUGGUAAAUCAAGUUUAUUAAAAUCAUUAUGGAAUAUUCCAGCAGAACGUGGUGAUUAUCUUGAUAAUCGUACUAAACAAAUGCAAAUUUAUACAUUAUAUGACGAUAAUAGUAGUAAUAGAGUUCAUUUGAUUGAUUAUCCCGGUGUGACAGAUCCUGUAAAAACCAUAGCACAUUUGAAUCAAAAUUAUUCUGUUUUUAGUACAUUUUAUGUUAUUGUUGUAAGAGCUGGUACCGAUUAUAACUCGGCUGCAGCAUUAAUAAACGAACUACAAAUGUCAGCAUCAUUGUCACCAAUCACAUCGCUUACAGAGACACACCAACAAGUAGUAAAUGCAACUACAGCGACUCAAACGGAGCCCAUAAACGGAAGCCUUUCGACAGAUCAGAAUAGAAUAGAACAGAAAUAUGGUUUAAAUCAAUCGGCAAAAUUUGUUGUUAUCAUUACUGGUAUCGAUACAAUAACGGAUUCAUUAAUUGAAAAUGAAUUAAAUGAAGCUCUUAAUAAACGAUUAAAAAUCGAUAAAGGUUUAAUUUGUAUGUGUUAUAAUAAAGAAGCUAUUGAUGAUGAAAAUUAUUUACGUUUACAUGAACCAAGAAAUCUACCUGGAAUAUCCGAUGUACGAACAUUCUUAACUGAACAUUUCAAUCAAAUAUUGGAUAAACAUUCUAAUUUUAAUACGUAUAAAUAUCGAGAACGAUAA